GUUAAAAAACAUUAGUUAGUUUUAACGCGCUGCUCUAAUUGAUUGUACUCCAAUGAGCAAUUCCAAUAGCUCGCCCGUUCGGCAAACAAAACUCACUUUUAAGCGCAGUCCACAGAGCAAUCUCGUCGACUAUGAGCAACUCUCGAGUGGUUCUCAAUCUUUGAAAGCAACUCAAUCGUUGGCUCAAAUUGCCACAAACAGUGCAGGCAAUGGCAAAUUGCAGCUCACACUGAGCGCUAGCAAGAUAAAGCUGCAAACGCUGCAACAACAGGAGGAACUCAACCAGGAUGCAGUGCGUCGCAAGUCGGCGCCACAGCUGUUCACCUUUAGCAUUGCGCCCAAGCUGACAACUUCUGCAAGCGCAACUGUACCACGCCUCCCUGCCUAUAUGCCGAGCAACUGCAUUCCACGCUCGCAUACGUCUGUGCUUGCCUUAGAGCAGCAGCAAUUGUCCAACCACAACAACAGCUCUACGGACAGCAAUAGUGAGCCAGGCGGCGGUAGCUCCACUUCGCCAGAAUCGCUCCUGGACCAUAUACUCAGUGCCGCCUCGUCCGUAUCCGUGCAGAGCAGCAGCAGCGCCAGCAAUGCUACUGUCGCCAUGCCCAAUCCAGGCGUCUUUAGUCGCAUUCCCAUGCCGCCCAAGCCCAAGCGGCUGCUCAGCUUGAAGGCGUCACCGGAGCUGCGUGUUUCACCGCCUACGCCGGAUAGUGGUGUGCAGUCAGAACUGUGCACGCUACUCUUGCCUAUUGCACCAACUGCGGUUAUCUCAGACAACUAUGAUACGGCCUCGAUAGCUUCUAAUCGCAUGCCCUCACCGCUGGGCACACCGAUGAAUUCAUGCUCAUCAAUCGCCUCGUUGCAGCCCGCAGUGCAAAGCGUCAACAUAAGUUUUCCGGAUGAGCUGAAAUGCGAUAUUUGUCUAGAUUUGUACACAGAUCCGCGCACGCUGCAGUGUCUACACUCGUUCUGCCUGCAGUGUCUGCUCAAUGAGCAGGCUAAGGAGGAGACCGUCUGGGAGGAGCGUUCCAGCUACAGCUUGCGCUCGUCCACGCCAGACAUUGCCACGGAGCUGGCAACGGUUUCGCCAGCCAGACAGCGUGGCACCAGCUUUAGUCUGCGCAGCAAAAAGUCUCUGGAUCGACUGGCGUUGCGGUCCAAAAGUGAUGCCAAGCGCUCAGCAUCAGCAUGCUCUUCCAGAUCUCGCUUAAAUCUGCAGGCAAGCUUUACCAACGAUCCGGAAGUUGUGCGUUAUAUUCGCUGUCACAUUUGUCAAUUUGGCACAGAGCUACCGAUGCCAGGUGGUGCUCGCCAGUUACCACAGAACUUUAUGCUGGUACGGCGCAUUGAAUACUUGCGCCUGCAGGCAGGAGACGAUGUCAUCUCACGUGUCUGGUGCUCGCUAUGCAGCGAUGAGAUAAGCGCUACUUACCACUGCAUUACGUGUACUCUCAAUCUCUGCACGCUGUGCAAGGAGGCGCAUGAACGUCAGCGCAGCACGGCGACCCAUCGCAUAAGGAACAUAUUGGAGCUGCGACGCGCUCGCAAGCAGAAGCAACAACAGCUUGGACUGGGCGACAGUAGUCAACUGCUGCUUAAGUGUGGACUGCAUGGCUUUGAAUUCAAGUCCUACUGCAUACCAUGUCAGCAGCUUGCAUGCCCGGAUUGCCUGGUGUUGCAGCAUCGCAAUCAUCGCCAUGAGACUGUUGCCAAGGCCUUCACUCAGCUGCAGGUGUCCAAGCAGCUACGCGAAGCGAUGGACCAGACGCGUCCACUCUGUCAGUAUGCGGAGCACUCGAUUGAGCGUUUGAAUGAAAUUGCGCGUGGCAUCAAUGCCAAGUGCGAUGAUAUUCAAGCACAGGUGGAGAGCUAUAUGAACCGUUACCAAGAGGCACUGCUGGUACAUCGCAACACAUUGCUGCAGCAAAUCAGUCGAGCCAGAGAGUCCAAAGUGGAGCUGGUAGUAAAUCAACAACUGGAUUUGGAGAAACGCACGCAGCAUGCUCUGGAGACUAUACGAUUUUGUCAGGAGCUUUGCGACUUGGGCGCUGACGUGGAGAUUCUCAGCUAUGCACGCAUGCUUGUCAAACGCUUUGAGUACUGUCAACAGUUUAAGCCACCAGUGGAUCCCAAGAUUUCCGAUUCAUUGCAUUUUCUGGCGAAGAUACGUGCGCCGAGCACCAAGGACCAGCAUGAUAUACCUCUCUAUGGCAUCAUUACCAUGCAAACUGUGGAGCCUGCUUUGUGCACGUUGCAAUGGGAAGGCUUCUCGCAGCUGCGUCUGCAUAAGAAGGUGGACUUGAUGCUGCUGACGCGUGAUGCCGACGGCGUUAAUCUGUGCCAUGGCGGCCUGGAGAUUAAUUGCAUGAUUAAGUACAAGGAUGCGAGCGCCAAGUUUUUGCCCAUUGAGGUAUCCGAUCAUCGCGAUGGCACCUACAGCAUUAGCUUUGCGCCUGAUACACAGGGCACGCUCUUGCUAACGGUUAGCAUUAAUGAGCGUCAGAUUAAGGGCAGCCCUUAUACGUUUCAUUCGCGUCAAGUGCGUCCGCAUAGCGGCAUCUAUCAUUGCUGCGCUUUUUGCUCUAGCAAGGGCAACAAGAGCGUUAAAUGCCACUGUGAGGGACGCAUGGUUGGCUACGAGGGCUGCGGUCAUGGGCACGCCGGUCAUCCCGGACGCAGGCAUUGGUCUUGCUGUGGCAAUGUGCUGGAAAACUCUGAAUGCAGCGUAGCCAAUAAAUUGCUAAAUGCUUAGACUAUAUAGAGCCCUAAACG